AGAGAUGAACCACAGUAUCAAGACAAAUUUGGCUAUGCCAGUGAAAGCUGAUGUUGAACUGUGUAUUCUGGUGAUUCUUUAGGCAAUAUGUCUCCCAGUGGUAUGUCAGAACAAUUUAAACUCUUAUAUGUACAUGAGGAGUUGCAAAUCUCUUGUACCUCUUAUGAACUUUCCAAAUUAUUUGCCACUGUAGUUAAAAAUACCAGAUCCCGUUUUUAAGAUACAAAAAAUAGUACAUUUGAGUGUACUGUAAGUUCCUCCUAUCUUUAGUUAAGUUUCUGUGGAUUAAAUUUAUUGUUAUUCUUUCUCAGGGCAUUCUCUUGUACUGUGAUAUCCUUCAGGGAUAAAAAAAUCAUUGCAUCUGAAUGCCUCACUUUCAAUACCUAUGUUCCUAUAGAUGGGCUGCCUGUGAGACUAAGGGACUGCUGUUGUCCUCUUAGUAAACAAUUUUCUAUGUAACACAAGGUAUUACUUUAAUAAUUUUUAGUGUUCUGCUUUUAAUUGCUUUGAUGGCUUAUUCUAAAAUUGUCUCCACAGCCUGUUCUAAUGCAUUACCACCACACCAAUAUAACCAUCUUCACUUUAAGGGUAUAAAACCUUUGUAAAAAUAUGAAAACAUCAAUUAAUACUAGUUCUUCUUUCAAGUAACCCAGUACCAAACAUAUACCAAUGCUAAAACACAGAAUAUAAGGAAAUCUGUCACAGUUUUACCACCACAAAAAUAGGUGUGUUUGGUGUGUCAUACAGAGGUGAUAAGCGGUCACUGCUCUCAGAUUACAACAGUGGCAUAUAAAAACUACUGUGCAAUCGAAAUGUUGUUUAUUAAAUCCAGGCAUUAAAAAGGAGUGAUGUGUUGGCUCCUCUCUGUGCUGCAGACAUUCCCAAAUAGUUAGCUCAGGACUUCAUAGUGUACAAUUCUUUCCACGGAAAUUUGAAACCCAACAAAACGUUUGCAUUCUUCGAGUAAAAGAUGAACUGCUUUAGGGUAACUCCACUGGUUUGUCUUAAUGUUUUUUUGUUCAGUUUAGGAGAGACUGUCAUAAGUAAUGUCAAACCUUCAUCUAAGGGAACAAGGACUGUUGGAGAUGUGGAAAAUCCACUCAAGGCAGAAGAGAAAAAUAAAUCUGCAGCUAUUUCAAAGCAAAAAGAACAGUGCUUUGUACCGUGUGAUGAUGUUCAAGCUAAAACUUUACGAGGGGAAAAACAUUACAUGUGCAGAAACUUGCAGAACUCUCUUGCUGAAUAUGCAAGAAGUACAAAAAAAUUGGUUAGAGACAUGAUGCAUGAUCAACAGUCUUCUUUGGAUUACCUUUCUAAUCAGGUAAAUGAGCUCAUGAACAGACUUCUUAAUUUGAACACAGAAGUUUUGGGAAGGCAUUUGGAUCCACUUCCUUACAAAGCAGUUCAGUCUCAUGGGUUGGAUUGCACUCAUAUUAAAGAUACCAUUGGUUCAGUUUCAAAAACUCCAACUGGUCUGUACAUUAUUCAUCCAGAAGGAUCAAAUUAUCCUUUUGAGGUUUUGUGUGACAUGGAUUUCCAAGGAGGCGGAUGGACUGUGGUUCAGAAGAGAACUGAUGGAAUCGUUCAAUUUCAGAGAACAUGGUCUGAGUAUCUGGAUGGAUUCGGUGACCUUUCUGGGGAAUUUUGGCUUGGACUGAGGAAGAUUUUUCACAUUGUAAAUCAAAAAGCCACUAGUUUCAGUCUCUGUGUGGAAUUGGAAUCAGAAAAUGACAAGCAUGCCUAUGCAUCUUAUGAUGGAUUCUGGAUAGAAGAUGAAGCCUGUUCUUUUAAGAUCCAUUUGGGACGUUAUUCAGGAAAUGCUGGUGAUGCAUUUAGAGGAUACAGAAAAGCAGAUAACCAGAAUUCAAUGCCUUUCAGCACAUUCGACGUUGAUAAUGAUGGAUGCAGGCCAACAUGCACUAUUAAAGAACAGCCUGUAAAGAGCUGCAGUAACUUCAGUGGUAACACUGGAUGGUGGUUCAACCAGUGCGGCCUUGCAAAUCUUAAUGGUGUUCAUCACUACACAGGGAGAUUUCUUGAAACUGGGAUUCACUGGGAUACAUGGACAAUGAACAAUAAGCCAGUCAAAAUUAAAUCAGUUUCAAUGAAAAUUCGGAGAACCUAUAAUCCAUAUUUCCAUUAACCUAUGAAAAUCUAUCUCUUACAGUUAUUGUGGGUUAAAGUAUCACUGCAUCCAAAACACCAUUCAUUUUCUCUGAACAGUUCUUUCUCAAAACUCUGUAUUUCCAUAAUGCAGUUACUCAGUAUAAAUGCAAUGUAUUGAUGACUUCUGAAUGUGGUUUUUUAUAUGCUCUCUGCAUAUCUGAAUUGUCAAGAAAUUUCAGCAAAUUUUCCUUUAGAAAAACACAUUUCAUAGAAUCAUAGAAUCGACCAGGAUGGGUUGGAAGAGACCUCCAAGAUCAUCCAGUCCAACUAUCACCUGGCCCUAUCCAGUCAACUAGACCAUGGCACUAAGUGCCUCAUCCAGUCUUUUCUUGAACACCUCCAGAGAUGGUGCCUCCACCACUUCCCUGAGCAGCCCAUUCCAAUGGCAAAUCACUCUCUCCGCCAAGAACUUCCUCCUAACAUCCAGCCUAUACUAACCCUGGCACAACUUGAGACUGUGUCCCCUUGUUUCUGUUUCCACCUUUAUAUUUUGUAAAAAUACCUUUUCUUCAUUUCAGGUUCAUUUUCCAGAAACU